GCAGACUACUUGUAUUUUGUGUAAGGUAGAAAUAGGAGAGAGACCAAGAAUUGCUGAAUGUGCUCGAAUCAGAUGCGAAAUGUGAGAACUUAGCUCGCCGUGAGGAUGGUCUACCAUAUUUUCAGAACAUGAAGGUAAUCACAACCGUGCUUUAAUAUGGAUCUGGACCAAAAGUUCCAGCAGCGAUGGGAGUAUAGGAGGAAAGAUGAUGAGGUUGAUUCCUCAACUGAUGACUCUAAAUCAAGUUUAGGUGAUGAGCCAGUUCAAAAGAAGCAUAAACUUUAUGUUCCAAGUUUGAGUUUGUCCCAGGAUGAUGACGCUAUUGAAACCCCAAGUUCUCGAGAAAACUAUCAGGAAGAUGCCACAAAGAGUGUCCCUUUUCGAGCAGCUGAAGUUACUAAAAAGCAUUGUGAACCAGGAAUGGAGAAAACUGCCGUUGAUUUUAAAUCCAAAAGAAACUCUGGGAAAAGGAGAAAUACGAAGGUCAGGAACCACAUCCAAGACCGAGAGCCUGUGCUAUUGAAUGACCUCAAAAUCUUCAGUGAGUCCCUAUUAAAGGAUCUCAAAGUUGCAAGAGAGAAGAUGUUUGUGCAAAUGAAGAAACAGAUGACAAAGUUGGUGGCUGUGAAGCAGGUUUCAAGACCGAGAAGCAACAGUUGUUUGAAGAAGUCUGAUGGAGCAAUGCAUCAGGCUGGAAAGAAAUCAGGCAAAAGAAUUCAAAGUUCUGAUGGUAGGUUGAGAAAAGGGUCUAAGAAAGACAAUCUGGGAUUUGAAUCAAGCAAAUCUUCUAUAGCUAAUUCAGAGAGAACAAAUCUUGAAAAGGCAGCACUUCAUUCCAAUUGGAUGGACAAGAGAGAAACACUAAGUUUACCUAGAAACAAUUCAGUACAUUUAGUUGAAGAGUCUGAUCAAAUAGGUUCUUCCUCUUAUGUGACAUUGCCUAGUGUCUUGCCAAAACCUCAAACUGAGAGCCUGAGUAUUGAUUCUUCUUUACGUAAUCACAAUGAGUCUGGAUCUCCAGUAAAUAUUGCUCAAAAUGCAGAAAAGGAAAAUCCCGUGACUGAUGCAAAUAAUUAUGGCUACCUCUUUGGGAUCCAGCCAGAUGAACAAUUUGGAAGUUUAGCUCAGAUUACUUCAAAAGGCAUGGGUUUGUUGGACUAUCAAAACAGUCAAACAUCAAGCAUGGUUUCUGGUUUACCAGUGCCACUUAAUCAUUGGAAGAAUAAUGGUUUCACUAUCACAAGCCAAAGUGCUAAAGAUCCAGCUCAGCAGAAUAAUGCAGCAAGGAUGGAUGGUGGAGCUAUUAGAGUUCCUGGGAGAAGCCAUGCCCUGUCAGAGUGCUUUGUUGGUAACACCAUAAGCUGCAGCAUGCAUUAUGAUACUAAUAAUGCUGAUGGAGGACUUGCAUCAUUUAGAUGUGGAGAAGUUAAAAGAGACCAUCUUGUGCUGAAAUAGUUGUCAAAAGAAUAAGUAGGAUGUGUAUCGAUUUCUCUGACCUGUUGAUGUGCUAUUUCCUUUGAUCCUUCGACAAAGGGAUGGCAUUCAUAUCCUUAAGCUAAUGAUAUAUUCAUCUAUGUUAAACAGACA